AAAGAGCCUGAGACACUUCCGCAAUCCCCAGUAAACCAAUAACACUUGCAAGUAACUGAUCACAACGCAAUCUGUUAAGUCUGACCUUGAGUGUUUCAUUUGUUAAAUAAAACAAAAGAGGAUCUCAACAAUCUGACGAAUUAUUAUAUAAAAUUAAAGAGUAUAAAGAGAUUUUUUAAUUCAAGUGCAUAGAAUGGUACUGAGUAAACAUGUAAAGACCUGUCGAAGGGGAGUCUCAUUAACCAGACGCUUGACAGAGAGUGCCACAGGUAGGGAUGGUUCCGAGAACGUCAAGACAAUGGCAGAGAAGCUGUCAACCUCUGUGACACUUCUGUCGAAAUCAAACAAGACGAUGGCAUUGUCCCAAUGGAGAGUGUUAACCCAACUGAAGGGUUACCUCGCACGACCUGAGUACAAGAAUUUCCAGAUAAUCAUCAGCAAGUACUGGAUGGAGGCGCUGCAAAAGGUGUCUGGUCCACCCCUGGAGAAUGUCCGGGGUUUUUCGAUGGGUGACAGCUCUGAGAAGAAGUCUGAGGAGCCAGAGAAGAAGUCGGACAUGGUGGAUACCCUGAAGGCCACGAAAAACAUUGAUAAAUCGUUAGAAGUGGCAAAAGACAAGGAUGAGCCCCAGAAUCAAUCACUCUCUGCUGACCAAGUGCUGCAGAACACCAAGGAUCAGAUAAUGGCUUUGCCUCAGGCUGUCAGUGAUUUCUGGGAGAAGCUCAACCCUAAGAAAUCCCCACCUCUGGUGACUGUACCCAAGUGGAAGACCAAUCUCAGCAACAGCAUCACCAAGCACAGCAUCGCCUCAAGGACGAAGCACGUGCUCAACAGCAUCAGCACAGCUGAGACAACCGCCUCGAGGUUCAGGAGAAUUGAGGAUUUAUUGACUCACAUCGAGCAGUAUCCAGAGGCCAGGCAUCUUGCUCUCAAAGAGGGGGCUAUUACUAUUCUCUUGAGGGUGAGACAGCUAUCGAGUGAUCUGAGUGUCACCCAGGCUGUCAGGGAGGCGCUCGCUAUCAUGGGAUAUGUCGAUCCUGUUCCUAGAAAGGGCAUCAGAAUAUUGUCAAUCGAUGGAGGUGGCAUGAGGGGUCUUCUCGUCAUCGAGAUGCUCAAGAAACUCGAGGAACUCACUGGCCAGAGGGUUCAUGAUAUGUUUGAUUACAUGUGUGGAGUCAGCACUGGAGCCAUUCUAUCUGCCGUUCUUGCUACUAUUCGGGAAUCCAGUGAUAUCGGUGGCCACAAGCAGAAGACCCUCGACGAGAUAUCAGAUUUAUACAAGGACCUGAGUGCCAAGGUCUUCACACAGGGUGCACUCAGAGGCACCAGUAGCCUGAUGUGGAGUCAUGCUUAUUACGACACUGCCUUGUGGGAGCAAAUACUCCAGGAACAACUAGGGGACAAGGACUUAAUCAAGACUCAACGAGACCCCAAUUCCCCAAAGUUUUCAGCGAUAGCUUCAGUAUUUGAUAACGUCCAGAUAAUGGCCUACAUCUUCAGGAAUUAUGCUUUACCACCUCGAGUUGAAUCCCAGUACAUGGGGUCACACAGACACAAGAUCUGGGAGGCUGUGCGAGCCUCAGCAGCAGCCCCAACUUAUUUCGAAGAGUUCAAACAUGGAAAGUAUAUUCUCUCGGAUGGCGGGAUCAUGGUUAAUAACCCGUGUGCUGUGGCAAUCCACGAGGCAAAAUUGCUGUGGCCAAACACACCGAUACAGUGUGUGGUUUCCUUCGGCACUGGGAGAACACCACCCUCAAUCAACGAUGGGGAUGAGACCACCACUGCCUCCAGCUGGAAGGAUAAAUUCGAUAAAAUUCUCGCCAGUGCCACUGACACUGAAGGUGUUCACACGAUGCUGAACGAUCUCCUCCCAGAUCACGUCUACUACAGGUUCAACCCCUACCUGACGGAAAUGCUCCCAAUGCAGGAGACGAGACCCGAGAAAUUGAAUCAGUUAGAGCAAGACGCAAGAAUGUACAUCCGGAAGAACGAGGAUAAAUUCCAUCACGCUGCAAUAGCCCUCAACCUCAGAAAAUCGAUACCCCAGAAGGUCCUCGACUUCUUGAAACUACGAAAACAACUUCUCGGCUUCGAUUAGAAUAAUUAAUUUGCACUGACUGCAUUUUCUCUUGCCGCCAUAUUAUAAUCAUCCUGACUGUGAUAUACUAGACCUUUGUGUGAUUUUCAUUUACCGAUUAAGUUGCAUAAUGAAUUCUUGUCGUUCAUUUAUAUUAGUAACUUUUAUUAAUAUUAUUCCUAAUAAAUUGUAUUAGCAAAUAUCUUUAAGUUUUUACUAGUUGCAUAAUGAAUUCUUGUCAUUAAUUGAUAGAUUUAUAUAGAGUCUGUGGAAUUGCACUGGAUCAAUAAAUGUAAAUAGAAUUGAAUAGAUUCUUA